CCUAUUCGCGGCCCGGAGGGUUGCUUUUGAUGCAGCCGUCCGCGCACCAAUCCCCUUCUGGUAAUGCUUGCUCCAUAAGGUAGUCUGUCAGUUUUAGUAGGACGGAGUAAGCGAACAUAGCAGAUCGACUUGAUGUAUAUGCUGCGAAAAAGAGCAAAAUAGAAGCGUAAUCAUAGAUUUGAUACUUAUACUGGCUUGUCCGCCACUUCCUUUUCUGCCCUUCUUACUAUGGAAACCCUCGACAUACUAACAAAUUCCACUCUCGACGCCUCUUCUUCCCCACGCGGCACCUCCAUAAGCAACGAAACCCCUCGCUUGGGCUUCGAUAUGGCUCCGGCUCAGGCCUGCCAGCCACCUAUUCCGCACGAUAUCGACUGGGAGUCCAACUACGAGCUCGGCUUGCCCGAUUUCCCAGACUUGCAGCCCAAACAGUCGCUCGAUUCCAUGGCCGCCGCUCUAAACCUCACAGACUUUACUCCCCCACAGCAGCAUUCUCCACUUAGUUUGUCGCCGGAGAUCAAGCCGCCGGCCGAGCAGCCCCAGCCCCAGCUACAGGUGUCGCGCUCGCGCUCCUCCAGAUGUCCCGUCUGCCGCAAACAUAUCACCAGAGACAUGUCCCGACACCUGCGCACACACGAGCCUGUUUCGCGAUUCAAGUGCGUGUAUCCGCGCGAAAUGUGUAUCCACAAGACGGGACAAUUCAACAGACCGUACGACUUCAAAAAACACCUGCUCAACUGCCACUUUGAGUUUGACGACCGCAACACCAAAAAACUGCACAACCUGAGCGACAAGCUUCCUCACACAGGCAGAUGCCACUGUGGCCUCAAAUGCACAGCGGAGUUCUGGCUCGACUCGCACAUUUUGCCAGACUACGGCUCGUCGUUCCGCUGCGAGCACCUCAACAAUCUAUACGAGAAGACUGGCAUGAAGCCUCCUAGCCAACGAUUCAGCACAAGAGGCUAGAGAGCACGAAUGAUACCACGCUGCUUUAUCAAAACUGCAGCAAGUGAUGAUUUUGCCUUUGCAAGUUCAAGCAGCAUACUCUGGUCCAAUUGAUGGUCUUUGCGCGCGGUUACCGGUGCCGCGGCGAUUUCAGGAUGUGUCGCUGUGUCUCUCAAGCGAGUCUUGAUUGCCUCAACGGAUACUGACAGAUACUUUGCAGUUUCGGAGCCUUGCUCGAUCAACGGCGAUGAGAAUGCAGUGGACGGCGUCACCGGUGUCGCCGGAACGCUCUCUAGCGUGCUUGGAGACGCGGAAGGGGUCUCUUCCGGCCGUUUUUCCAACGACAACGGUUUCAACCAGCUCUGUGUUUCCUCCUCGUCGGCGUCCUCCUCUGCGACGAUCGUCUCAUUGAUAAUGUACGAGAGCGGAUCUGUUGCGGUGGCAAACAUGCCGUCGCGCGAGGCCGGACGCACAGGGUUCUCGAUGUUGAACGUGCGCAAGUUCAAUUUUUGGUGAGGGUUCAGAGUUUUCGUGUACAGUGAGCUCGUGAAGCCCAUCGCCGAGCCAACCACGUGACCUGUUAAAUGGUUCAUCUGCUGCCCUGUUUUGUCCAAAAACGUUUUCUCCUGAUACGACUUGUAGUCGUUGAGCAGGUCCAGCGAGUUCAGUUUGUGUUGUGCCUGCUCUAUCCGCUCUUUCCAGUUGUUCAAUAUAUUCGUGUACUCUAUUUCCUGGCCGUGGACAACCACGCCCUGUAAUUGCACAAAUUUGUUCAUGUUGCGCGUAAGAAAACGGAAUAUAUCGCGCGACUGGUAGUAGAACUUCAUGGUCAGCUUGUGCAAGAACUCGGACAACGUCUCCAACACUUGCGGGAUCAUCAGCUUCACUUUGGCGUCCAGAUCAAGAAACACCGUGCGUGUGUCGUACAUGUGGCUUUUUGUCGUUUCUAGCUUCGCCCUCUCCUUGUCGUUGAAAUUGCUCGUUUUCAAGAUCUUCUCCACAGAGUUGUGGUACAUGUCGUAGUCGAUUUUUUUAUGGUUGCGUUUUGUGAUGAGCUUCAAUGAAGACCUGAUAUACUCCUUCAUCUCCUCACAUUGAUCCACAAACCGGUCUUUGCUGACCUCCACGCGCUGGGUGACCUGGUCGUAGAUGAUCCGGAACAGCCGUUUGGCCUGCCGGAUCUCGUUGACCGUCACGUUCGAGAACUCUUCGUUCUGGUCCGAAACCAGCUCCGGGUCGACCUUGAUGUCCUUUUUGUCAAAGGGCGAGUGCAAUUUCUCAAAUGUGUCCAUGCUGCCCAGCAGGUUGUCCAGGAUACUGCCCAGACACCUACACCACUUGCGCUCCUGGACUAUCAGGAACUCGAGCCCUGCAAUCGCACUCUGUAGGUCGUGCUCCCAAUCUCUGAUCUGUUGGUCGUCGGCGCUUUUCCUUCCAAUCAGUUGAUGUGGACCCCUAAACAAGGCCUUCCUGGC